AGGUCUGUAACAGCAGAUGGGGUAUUCCUCCUCCUCAAACUGCGAUUGUUCCCGACGCGAGCACAAGCUCGGUUUGAGUUGGACUGCGUAAAGCACUAGAUCGGUUCGAAACAUCGCUGAUGGUAGAUUUGUUCAGUUUAAUGUCGUCUGGAGAAGUAAAAGCACAGAUAAGAUUCAGAAUCUGAUCUGCUCUGAUCAUCGUGACAUCGGGCAUCUGGAGAGCAGAGAUCCACGAGAGAGGGAGUCCUUCCAUGCAGUCGUGGCUGGGAUAAAAUGGAUGACAGGAAUGACGGAGUGCGGGUUGGAGAAAACAAAUUCAUCAGCAAGAGAAGCAUUCUCUCUCAUUUAAAGACCUACAAUCUCUACUAUGAAGGAAAGAACCUGCAGCUACGCCACAGAGAGGAAGAGGAGGAGCUGAUCAUUGAAGGACUUCUCAAUAUCUCAUGGGGCUUACGUCGACCAAUCAGGCUUCAGAUGCAGGAUGACCACGAGCGAAUCAGACCUCCUCCCUCCUCUACCUCCUGGCACUCAGGGUGUAACCUUGACAACCAGAGUCAGGAGGGCCAGAAUCAGACUCCUCAAACUCCACCUCAGAUGGAAGUGACGCCCCCAGAGGACCACUCGAGCAAUGGCACAGCACAAGCCCACGAAGAAGAAGAAGAAGAGGUGUGUGACGUCUCCGCUCAGCUUCUGAGAACCAAAAGUGAUGCUGGUGUCCUGAGACGGGGCAGGAGACGGUCUCCCAGCGACCAGCGGCGAAUCAGAAGGCACAGGUUUUCCAUCAACGGUCACUUCUACAACCACAAGACGGCUGUGUUCACUCCCGCGUAUGGUUCUGUGACUAACGUCCGGAUCAACAGCUGCAUGACCACGCCACAGGUGCUGCGGGUGUUACUGAAUAAGUUUAAGAUCGAGAACAGCCCAGAUGAGUUCGCCCUCUACCUCGUCCAUGCCAGCGGAGAGCGCGUGCAGCUGAAGCGUAUGGACUACCCGUUAGUAGUGAGAAUACUUCAGGGACCAUGUGAGCACGUCUGCAAGAUCUUUCUCAUGGAGCAGGAUCUGGGAGAGGAGAUUCCCUAUGAAGUGGCGCAGUACAUCAAAUUUGAGAUGCCUGUCCUGCAGAGUUUUAUUACCAAACUGAAGGAAGAGGAGGAUAGGGAGGUGCAGAAGCUGAGAAGCAGAUACAAGUAUCUGCGGUGUAUCAUUGAGAAGCAGCUCCAGUGUUUUCCAGAAGGCUCCACCUGUGUGUGACGAGCACAUUCCCCUCUUCAUAUCAAUCAGUGGACUUCCAGACACAGUCUCAUCAGUCACAUCUGUCCUGAAUGAUUGUUAACCUCUAAUAUGACCAGUGAAGAUGGAUGGUACAUCCUGUUAUAUAAACAAUCUUUGUGUAUUUCUCUCUGGUGCUGUAGGAAUCACAUGCAGGUACAAUAAUAUAAAAGCACAUUCUACUAAACCAGGGAAUCUCGUCAUCCAGUGAUCACUGGAAAAAGCAAUUGACAAUGACAAGCAAAAAAUAAAUAAAAAAAAGAGCAAUGACAAGCACAAAGUAAAUGCUUACAACUUAAGUUUAUUUGUUUGGUUUAACCCAUGAAAAAGGGUUACGACUGACUGAUCACUUUACUUGUUGGAUGUAUUGAGAAUAUUUGCUGUCUGAGCCAAUCUGUUGUACCAUUGCAGUCUGAUUAUAACUCCAUUAAACCAACGUCUCUUUUAGACAGUGAUUAAAUCUCUGUACCAGAAUGGUGGGAAGCGAAGUCAAAGACUGAAUUGCAAAAGUUGUUUGAAAGCAGAGUGAAGCAGCUCAAGAGAUUGUAGUCUCUGAAUAUCUGAAUGUUGAGUGAGUGAGUGAGUGAGUGAGUGUGUGCGUGUGUGUGUGUGUUUGUGUGUGUGUGUGUUUGUGUGACUGUGUGAGUGAUACUAGUAUGCAUGUUUGGGCACCUGAAGAGGAAGGACAGCAUGGCUGUAGUCGAGAAGAGCUUCAUAUUUUUCUUUUACGUUUAGACUCUCAUUCACACCUAUGACUGGCCUCUGUGUUGUCAUACUUCUGAUGUUUCAUCUGGCAUGUGUUUAUACUGAUUGUAAAACUGGGAAUAUGGUGAUAAUUAUAUUUAAAUAAAAUGUCAUCA